UAGGAUCAGUCGACGAUCACCAGGUCUUAGACAGUUACCGGAUGAAGGUCCUCAGGUAAGAGAGCAUGGCAUUAUACCAAGUACUUUGUACUGGUCAUGGCAGCGUAUUUAAAGUGCUCGGGCGCCUGUAUGGAAGCAAUCUCAGUCCCUCAUCUCUCUCAUUCUUUCCAAUUCAUCACAACGUCCAUCCGUCAUGGAUCUCAAAAAGGAUGGUGUUACUCACGUCGAUGAUCUGGACAACGAAUUUCGUCAAGCCAAAGAUGCCGUCCAAUUGUCAGAGGAAGUCGUACACGUCAAGCAGAGUCCAUGGAAGAUAGGCAUGCUCCGUCUUUAUGGCUGUUUGACCAUUGCAUACCUCUGUGGUUGUCUGAACGGAUACGAUGGUAGCUUGAUGGGUGGAUUGAACGCUAUGAAAACGUAUCAGGAUUACUUUAACAUGGAAUCUGCCGGAAGUAGCACUGGUAUCACUUUUGCGAUAUACAACAUCGGAUCGAUUCCAGCUGUCUUCUUUUGUGGUCCUGUCAACGACUAUUUCGGCCGUCGCGUCGGCAUGUUUACUGGAGCAAUCAUCGUUAUCAUUGGCACUUGCAUUCAAGCACCAUCAGUCAACAGGGGGAUGUUUCUCGCUGGCCGUUUUAUUCUCGGGUUUGGUGUAUCUUUCGCUUGUGUCAGCGCUCCAUGUUAUGUCUCUGAGAUGGCUCAUCCUGCAUGGCGCGGCACGUUGACUGGAUUGUAUAAUUGCACCUGGUACAUUGGCAGCAUAGUCGCUUCUUGGGUAAUUUAUGGAUGUUCGCAACAUAUCAGGACAGAUAUCAGCUGGCGCGCUCCUAUCUGGUGUCAGCUCAUCUCUUCAGUCAUUGUCGCCUUAGGUGUCUGGUUUCUACCAGAGAGUCCAAGAUGGCUUUGCGCUCAGGAUCGUAUGGAAGAGGCUACAAAGGUUCUGGCUCGCUACCACGGUGAAGGAGAUGAAUCACAUCCGAUCGUUGUCCUACAACUCAAAGAGAUGCAAAACCAAAUUCGACAAGACGCAUCCGAUAAAAAAGGAUGGGACUACUCAGAACUGGUGAACACUCAUUCAGCACGUCGAAGACUCAUCUGCGUACUAGGUAUGGCUUGCUUUGGUCAGUUGUCUGGCAACAGUGUCACCUCAUACUAUCUUCCGGUCAUGCUCGAGAAAGCUGGUAUCACUUCGGAGAGCACACAGUUGAUGUUGAAUGGUAUCUAUCCUGUCAUCUGCUUCUUCGGAGCGAUCCUCGGAGCCCGCAUGACCGAUGUCGUCGGUCGCAGGCCGCUGUUGCUUUACUCGAUUCUCUUCUGUUCGGGCUGUUUCGCAAUCAUUUGUGGUACUAGUAAGCUUGCGCAGCAAGACUCCGAUAACAAGUCGGCAGCCAACACCACUAUUGCCUUCAUCUACCUGUUCGGGAUCAUAUUCUCAUUCGGCUGGACGCCUCUUCAAAGCAUGUAUAUCGCAGAAACACUUUCUACCUCCACCAGAGCCAAAGGUACUGCGGUUGGAAACCUUGCCUCGAAUGUCAGCUCAGCUGUCAUUCAAUAUGGCUCAGGACCUGCUUUCCAGAAUAUCGGUGCAUACUUCUACCUUGUAUUCGUGUUCUGGGAUCUGAUCGAAUUUGGUGUCAUCUACCUUUACUGGCCAGAGACCAAGGAGCGCACCUUGGAAGAACUCUCUGAGGUGUUCGAGGCUAAGAAUCCUGUCAAGAAGAGUUUGGAGAAGAGAGGAGCUGCCACUGUGCUUAACACGCUUGAUGUUGAUGCUGCUGUGGUUGAGAAGAUGGAGCACUGAUAUGCUGCAGGCAAAAAUCGCCAAUAUUCACAAUGUUAGUAUGCUGUUAUGUGUCGAAACCUUAGUUGAUGUAUCGAAUCUAUGUCUG